GUACCGAAAGUGCGGCUGGUGCUGGGUGCUCAUGCAGAGUGCCAACGGCAAUUGGCAGGCGGCGGCCACUGUACAUGGUCCCCUUCCUGGAGCUCGGCAAAGCAACAACAGGGCGGAGAUAACGGCGUUCCUGGACUGCCUCCAGUCGACGGUGGGGGACCUGGUCUUCUACACGGACUCGGAGAUCCUCUGCAAAGGUUGGCAUAGCCGCAGGUACCUCAGCACGGGCUACACGAAGGCCCACGGCGACCUGUGGAAGAAAGUGCGACAACGACUAGAAGUACGAGGAGGUGCGGACAUUCAGGUUCGCCACAUCGAGAGCCACAUGACGAUCGACCAAGCUCGUGAACGAGGAGUACCACUGGAGGCGUGGAAGGGCAACCAGAAGGCGGACUCCUUGGCGGGCGAGGCGGCGGCAUCCCACGAGAUCUCAGAGGCGCAGAUGGGCUGCUACAACUGGGCGAGGGCCACGGCGCACUUGGUGAGGACUCGCAUCGGCCAGGCGUGCAUGGAGCAGUUCGAGAAGACCAAGCCCAUGACGUGGGAGGAAAAGGCCGAGGCGAAAAGCAAGAGGAAAAAGACACUGGACGAGAAGAACAACUACGUGUACCUGAGGCACAAGGAGCGGCACUUCUGCUGGAGCUGUGGUGCUACGGCGGAGAAGCACCUGAGCAACAAGAUGGUGAACGGCUACGAAGGGUGGCCAGCGGGCCAGGCAUCAAGGUACGCACUGAAGUCACUCAGACGAAAGAUGGACUGGGCACCAGGAGCAGGAGAUAGAUGGAGCAAAAACACCAUGGUAAAGUUCACGAAGUCCGAGCAGCAUAAGAGCAACGCGAGGGACCACGCGAGG